AUGGCCCAUGUCACAGAGCAUCCGUUUCGGAUCAAGAGAAGAAAGCUGGAAGAUCCACAGCCAGGCGAUGAGGCUACCAUCACCUCUUCUACCCAGUUGCGCGAUUUGUUGCUGUUUCAGCAGAAUGCUCCGGCCGCCAAGCAAGGAAUAAUCAAAUUCAAAGAGUUUCUGGUUUCAAUAGGCCAUACAGAACAGGAGACCGAGAAGGCCCAGAAACUGCGGAUUCUGAAGGCCUACUGUGACAAGCAGAUCACCGGAACAGAUGAUGAUGCCGUCUGCUUCCCGGAGCUCAUCCAAACCUGGAGCUUUGGCGACAGCAAUAACCAUGAACCCAUUCUCAUCAAUGUCCCGUCGGUGCUUGCCAUCUUCUUGAAGACCAUCUCACGUGAGCUGGACUUCCGGGACUUCGGACUCGCCUUGUGCAAGUACCUACUGCAGAAGGACCAACUGAGGCUGUUUAACCGGGGCCUGACUGCCACCAAGGCCAAAGAGCAUCUCAUCUCGCCUUGUCUGCGUUUGCUCACCGAGAUUGUGACCUUUGACGGUGGUGCCGUUGCCCGGCAAUUGUACCUCCGACGCUAUAUCACCUUCAAGCGCCUCGAGGUCUUCUUGACUCCCAAUAAAGCGCAGCUGGAGGACGUGGAAGAUGAAUCGAAAAAGUCCACCCUUCGACGCAACGCACAACGGUAUUUGCUGGCCAAUUUGCGGGUUCAGCAUGUGUCCGAAAAGAGCGACAUUAUCGAGCAGCAUAAAAUUACCAGAGCAUUCCUCGAAUACGUCAGAAAGGACCCCCGCGAUAUGGUCCUUGAAGUCAUCAAAUCGAUUGAGAGAGACGUGGUGCAAGAUGCUUCGCUGUCGCGCAAAUCGAAGAGCAAAUUUUUCAAUCGCGGUAAUCUGGAGAGACUGGUCACACUUUACGGGUAUGACCGAGACUCGGACGAACCCAACCCGGAUGGCAUAUCCAUCGCAAACGAGAUCCACCGGGUCCUGUUGACUGUUUGCAAGACCGCUGGUCUGGGUGUUCUUCUGCCCGAAACAGGCUGGUAUCCAGUCGGGACCGACCCAGAGACCGUGCCCAUAGAAGACGAUACGUGCAUCGAACUGGGGCUGGAUUCGCCCAUAUACGUCGACAAGUACCGGGAAUCCGUCCCCGUGCGGAAUGGCUCCUUGUCAUACCUGAUUCAGUGCCUCCGCCCUGAUGUGGACAGUCUUCAGAUCGAGCUACUGGUGACGAUCUUUAAGGUUGCCCCCGAGCUUAUUGCCGACUUCUUCACCAAGAAAACCAUGUUUACAUCCGACCCCAAAGCCACUCCCUCAUGGAUGGCCGAGUCGGCUUUCCUCUUUUCAACGGUGCAGCUGCCUGUCCCCAUGAACUGUGGCUGGAAAGACAAACAGCCUGCUCUACCGCCACCGGUUUCUAUUGUCAUCGAAAACGUUCUCCCUCGUCCUCUAAGUCAGAAAAUCAUGACCCGCUGUCUGAACCAAAAUGCAGAGAUCAUCACUCUAUUUGCCGUGCGAAUCCUGACUCUUGCCUUCAAGAAGUUGCAGGCCACCCUGAAGAUCUUCCGGGCCGACCAUAGACAGGCCCAGUUAUAUUGGAAUCAGGCAUCUUCCAAAUUGCUUGCCGAGUUCUCUCGCCGAUGUCCUGCUGUCAAGGAUGUGAUUCUCCUGUUCCGAAGAACUGCCAAGGAAGACUUACAGCAACAAGAGGCGGUCUCGGAGCUUUUAACUUGCUUCUAUGAAGUCAUGCCUGAUAUUGCCUUGGAGGAGAAUUUUGACGUGUCGCUGGUCUUGGUAGAGGUGCUCAAACGACUGGAAGCGUCAGACUUGAGCACAGAAGACUCGGAAUCGCUCCUGAGCCAAUUGCAGAAUGUUCUUCAGAUUGCGCAACAGUCUGCCUCGAUGCGUUGGUGGCAGAAGCCAGCAUCUAUGCAAUAUUCCCCUUUUACGUCGAUUCUCAAGGUUCUUAUGGAGACUUCAGACAAAGACUCUUCCCGGCGCAUCUCAACUCUUCUGAGGACCGUUCUAGUCGAAAACUCCAUCUUACAGAACUCACUGCAGUCCUUUGUCUCUCUGCUGUCUAGCAUUGAAAACUCCGAGGCGGACUCGCUGCACAGGCAGUUGGUCUUUUUUGACAAUUGCGUGUCUCGAGUGGCCAAGAAACCUGUCCACUACCUUGACCUGGCCGAAUCCUUGUCCCAGAAUGCGGCUAAUAAUGUGAGUCCACUGGUUGCGGCCCUGGUCGAGCAGUGGCCUUUUGUUGUCAAGAGUGGAGAUGCUGCCGCGGAAACUGCAGUUGGGUCGUGGAUUGCUAGCCUGCUCCGCAACUUGAAGCAGGCUGGGGAGAAUUCGAAGGCGCUAAAGGCUGCCCGAGACGCUUUGAUGGACGCGACCGAGAGCAAGAAAAUCCGGUCCCACUUCAAGAAAUCCUUGAAGGACGCGGAAGAGGCGAAUGCAGAGGACAAAAUGGACAUCGACUCCGGCCCAGCUCCGCCAAUUUCAUCUGAGCAAACCUCGACAGUCGAUCUUAACGAAAUCUUUGGGUUCCUGCCCACUGAAGGCACAACCCAUAAUGCUUUGCAUCGAUGGGAACGCGAGGACGUGGAAGAUGCUGUGGAGCAAGGCCGUAUCGCCGAGUUGAUGCUCUGUCUGUGCUCUCAGCACGAGGAAGUCCGGCGACAGGCGUUUGCCAAUACUGCGCGUUUCAUGGCAAAACUCAAGGCAAACACUCAGGAGUCCAAAUACGCCGAAUGGCGAUCCGUAUAUCUCCUCACAGGAGAACUUCUCGAAACUGUUCACAAAAUCGGCCUGACUCAACCGAUUCCCUGGAUCAUUGGCGAGUGUGCUUCGAAUUGUCUGUCGGUUCUUACGAACCCACUGCACAAGGUGUACGGCAAAGUCAACAAGUUUCUGCAAAAGGCCCCAAUCUGGGAAUUGGGGAAGAUCCCAUCCUACUGGGUCGACAAGAUCCUCUUGAAUGAGCCCGAGUUGGAUGAUGGCUACUUCGACGAGAUCGAUUGGCUACUGAAUCUGUUCGUGAAGGGUCUCCGAACCGAGGCAGAUAUGGAGAUCUACCGACGUGCCAAUGUCUUUGAGCGCAUUCUCUCUCUCUACCAAUCUCCGACGUUGCAUGACUCCGCCCGGCGAAAGAUUUUGCACAUUGUCUACCGUGCCACGCAGGUCGGUGGGAGUACCACUCUGAUCACCCGGGCUGCUGUCAUGAGUUGGAUUCAAGUUGAACUUGCAGAGGCUGACCCUAAGGAAGCUGCGUUGCUCUCGGCGUUGGCACGAGCUGUGUAUGAGACCUCCGACCGCCAGCGUAUUGAUAGUUGGAGCGCAGGCACCAUCGAGCAGGCCCUUGAAACCCCGGGACAAGCAUGA